AUGGUUUUGGAGAACAUUUUGUUUUCUUUAGCCGCAGUGCGUUGGACAGAUGCAGGGACUGUGCUACUGUUGUUCAUCCUUUUUCUUCUGAUCUUAGACCUGCUGAGAAACAGGAAGCCAAGAAACUAUCCCCCCGGACCCACACCUCUUCCAUUUGUUGGGAAUGUAUUCCACCUGGAUGCUACACAACCUCAUAUUCAUUUAACUAAGUUGUCAGACCAUUAUGGCAACAUUUUCAGCUUGCGUCUGGGAAACUUAAACACUGUUGUUGUGAAUACCUACAGCAUGGUCAAGAAAGCUCUUAUUGAUCAAGCAAACAUUUUCUCAGGCCGCCCAACCAGUGAUGUGCUCAAAAAAAUAAUCAAGUGCCAAGGUGUAACCUUCAAUAAUGGCUACAGCUGGAAGCAACAGAGGCGUUUCACUCUUAGUACUCUUAAAUACUUUGGUGUGGGAAAGAGGAGCCUGGAAUUCAUCAUCAUGGAAGAGUACACAUUUCUGCACAAGACCAUCAUGGAUACCGAUGGACUGCCAUUCGAUCCUCAUUACUUUAUUAACAAUGCUGUCUCCAACAUCAUCUGCUCCAUGGUUUUUGGCAGGAGGUUUGAGUACACUGACCAGAGUUUUCUGAACCUGCUUAGACUGAUGUCUAAAGCCCUUAAGCUACAAACUUCCGUCUGGAUACAGCUUUACAGUGUUUUCCCUUCUCUUAUGGACCUCAUCCCAGGACCUCAUAAAGACCUGUUUUCCUGCUUCCAUCAAGUUUGUGCUUUUAUUAGAGAAGAGGUGGACAAGCAUUAUGCAGACUGGGACCCCUCUUCACCCAGAGAUUUCAUAGACUGCUAUCUUGCUGAGAUCCAGAAGAGGAAAGAUGAUCUGGAAGCAGGAUUUCAUGAAGAGGGCCUGCAAUACGCUGUACUUGAUUUGUUUGUGGCUGGAACUGAGACCACAUCUACCACUUUACUGUGGGCCUUUGUAUACAUGAUGAAAUACCCAGAAGUCCAAGAAAAGGUCCAGGCUGAAAUAGAAAGAGUAAUUGGACAGUCGCGCCGACCCAACUUAGAUGACCGACCCAGCAUGCCGUACACUGAUGCUGUUAUCCAUGAGGUCCAGAGAAUGAGCAAUGUUGUGCCCCUUAGUGUGCCAAGAAUGACUAAUGAAGACACAAUAUUGGGAGGAUAUUUCAUUCCAAAGGGUACACAGAUCAUUCCUAACCUGACCACAGUACUGUUUGAUCAGACCAAGUGGAAGACUCCACAUUCAUUUGAUCCACAGAAUUUUCUGAACACUCUGGGCGAGUUUGAAAAACCUGAAGCCUUUAUUCCUUUCUCAAUAGGAAAACGAUCGUGUCCAGGAGAAUCGCUUGCCCGUAUGGAGCUCUUUCUCUUCUUCACAUCCUUUCUACAAUCCUUUACUCUGUCUCCUCCAGAGGGAACUCAAACAAGCUUGGACUUUAAAUUUGGAAUGACACUUUCCCCAAAGCCAUUUAGAACAAGUUUCACUCCUCGUUGA